UAUCAUUUCCAAAAAUGCACUAAAAAAACUAAUUAUAUUAUUCGCUCCGUCGGUUGUCAUCUUAACUAAUAUUUCGCACUUUAAAUAUUACCCGACUAAAAUGGAGCGUCAGGCAUAUAUGAGUACAGGUCGCCUUUUAGAAUUGGCCAGAAUCAAAUUGGAGACAUUAAUUGCUGAGGGGAAACUCCACCCAUUAAAUGAUAACAGCUUAGAUGAUUCCAAUUCCUCACCAACAAUUCACACUCCAUUAAAAGUAAAGAAAAAUAAACGUAAAAUGAAAACUAAAAAAUCAUCCCAAGUACCAAAAGUGGAGAAACUAGAUAUGACGACAAAGAGCAUUGUUGAGAAGAAGGAAUUGAAAAAAGGCUCCAAAAAGGCAUCGAAUCAGCUUCAAUGUAAGAACGGAAACUCAGAUGUGGAAGUUACUGCUGAAGAAGAAGCUAAAUCGAAUUUAAAUGUCGAUACGCAACCUCCUAAGGUUUAUAAAGAUUUUCUUGAGAUUAAUGACUUUGAAGGUAUUCUUGGCAGUAGGAUCAUAUAAAAUAUAUAACAAAAAACUAUUAGUAAAUAAACAGAAGCCAUCAAAAGAAAUGUUUUAAGUACUGGCAAGAGUUUCUUAAUCAUUUCUGCUCAAACAUAAAACAUAUUUCUGAAAAUAGUUAAAUGAACCCAAUUUUACAUGUGAUCAUAAGUUUGUGUGGCUUUGUAAAAUAUGGGUUAUUUAUCUCAUCCAAUAAUUUAAUAAAUAUAUAACAUUCAGUA